GGUCGGAUUCCAAUGGCCAACCGUGAAAUUAGGUACAACUGAUGGGCGUGAACCAGAUCAGAGGGUGUUUUGUACAUUCUAUAACGAGCAAGGCCACUACACGAUGACAUGUCAACCGUACAAGCUCUACCUCGAAGAACUUGUCCAGUAGGGGAAGAUGGAACAAUGGAUCGACCAAACUAAGUCACCGGUCGCAGGAGUCUCAGCGCGCGAUCGGGCCAUUGAGGGAGUUGUACGCUGUAUUCAUGGCCCGAUGGAUCAACGCCAGGCCAACGAGCUUCACAAUGAACUCUAUCGGCCUUCACCAUCUGUCGAGGUGAUGGCGAUACAGCCAACUCCGAAGCACAAGAGGGAUGCUCGCAAUACGUGGGAGAUCAGAUUCACUGAGCACGAUAUGGAAUGGGUGACAUUUCCCCAUAGCGACGCUUUGGUCCUCUCGAUACCCAUCCAUCGAAAGAUGGUCAGGAGGGUAUUGGUCGAUUAAGGGAGCUCGACAGAAAUAUUGUACUACACGGCAUUUAAGGCCCUUGGCUUUACCGAGGAUCAUUUGUCUCCAGUGGAUGCCCUUCUGGUUGGCUUCACUAGGAUUCUAGUUUAUCCAGUCGGCAAGAUAGUUCUCCCAGUCGUUGCCGGCUCGGUACGACUGGACGUUGAGUUUAUUGUGGUUAAUUCGCUGAGUCCCUACAAUGCCAUUCUAGGCCGCAACUGGAUGCACGACAUGAAGGCUGUCACGUUCACACUCCACCAAUUUGUCCGGUUCAUUGGCGAGUCCGGUUGGCAAGAGACCAUCAAAGGAGAUCAAAUGGCCUCCAAGAAGUGCUUUGUCAACUUCGUCCGUGGAAAGGGCAAAGUGAAGGAAGUUCAGUGGAUUGAGGUCCCAGAAUUGCCGGACGGAAGUGUGCCCGGAGAAGCAAUGAAGGAGGUUGGCAUAUCUGCAAAUGACAAAGUUGUCAAGGAUUUACUCCAAGUCCCAGCCAACGAAGACAGCUCACAGUUCUUUUUGGUCGGUUCUGAGCUCAGCGCUACCGAACGCGACCAGUUAGUUCAAUUCCUCAAGGAUAACAUUGAGGUGUUUACUUGGACUACAUACGAAAAGCCGGGCGUGAGCCCUGAGGUGAUCAGGCAUUCACUUAAUGUAGACCCGAAUAGACGGCCCGUUGUGUAGAAGCCGCGCCUCGGCGUUGCAUGAUGAGGCGGUGAAUGAUGAAGUUGAACGCCUUAUCGAUGCUAGUGCAAUACGCGAAGUCUAAUACUCGACCUGGCUGGCUAAUUCGGUGGUGGUUUGGAAGAACGGCAAGUGGCGAGUGUGCAUACUACACCAAUCUGAAUUAUUCAUGCCCCAGGGACUGCUUUCCUUGUCCUUGGAUCAAUCAGUUGGUAGAUGCCACCGCCGGACAUGCAAGGCUAAGCUUCAUGGAUGCUUACUAAGGCUACCACCAGAUAGCCAUGGAUGAGAGGGAUCAAGAGAAGACGGCCUUUAUCACCUCCAAGGGAACUUAUUGCUAUCGGGUGAUGCCCUUUGGGUUGAAGAAUGUCGGGGCCACAUUCUAGCGUUUGGUGGCCCAACUGUUCAAGAGGCAGAUCGGCUGGAUAAUGGAAGAUACAUAGAUGAUACGGUUGCCAAGAGCCAGGACGCGGCUGACCAUCUGCUUCAUCUCGGCGAAAUAUUUGAGAUCUUGAAAAAGUUUAGCCUAAAACUCAAUGUGGAGAAGUGCGCCUUUGGUGUUGGGUCCGGCAAAUUCCUCGACCAUUUAGUCACGCGCCAAGGGAUUGAAGCCGAUCUGUGCCAGAUCAAAGCCAUUCAAGACCUCCGGGCUCCAUCCACGGUGAGGGAGGUUCAACGGCUCACCAGCAUGGCUGCCGCUCUUAAUUGAUUUAUCAACAAGUCUUCGGAUGUGUGCCGACUGUUCUUCCAGUCAAUUAAGGGUAGUCAGAGGAGCUUUCAGUGGACGGCGGAAUGCGAUCAUGCUCUUGCCAAACUGAAAGUUUACUUAUCCCGAGCCCCCUUACUGGUCAUAUCGAAGGAAGGAGAAGAGCUCUAUCUAUACCUCGUCGUAUCUGAGCAUGCCACAAGCUUAGUGUUGGUUUGGCAGGAAGGCACCGAGCAACAGCCGAUCUACUAUAUAAGCAAGGCUCUGGUCCCUGCUAAGGCUCGUUACUUGCCUAUCGAAAAGUUGGCGUUGGCAUUGGUUAUGGCCAAGAGAAAACUCUUGCCGUACUUUCAGAGUUUCACCAUUGUGGUCAUCACCGAGUACCCUUUGAAAGCCAUCCUUUGAAAGGCGGAUUUGUCAAACCGAAUUUGCAAAUGGUCCUUGGAAUUGGCUAAUUUCGACAUUCGGUAUCAGCCUCGUAAGGCAAUCAAAGGUCAAGUACUGGCAGACUUUGUCGCCGAGCUUUCUCCGGGCCUGGUCACGGAUGAAGACGUAAGUGAGCCCACGCCAAGUAAUGAGCCAGUUGUGCCAGCUCCCAGACCCCGGUUGAGCCACCCAACGCACGCUGAGUUUAUCACCAAGCGUCUCAUCCCAGCUCAUCGAGUAAAAAUCUUCACUGGACAUGCCUAGCGACUACACGUCGACGGUGCAUCCAACAGCUGUGGGGCUGGUGCUGGGAUAGUGUUGGUUUCGCCGAGCGGGACUAUGCAUGAGCAUGCCUUCAGCAUUGGCUUUCCUACUUCUAACAAUGAAGCUAAGUACGAAGCCCUAAUCAUC